AUGCCGUUCGUCAAGAUCAUCAAGAACAAGGCGUACUUUAAACGGUACCAGGUCAAGUACAAGCGCCGGCGGGAGGGCAAGACGGACUACCGCGCGCGCAAGCGCCUCAUCACGCAGGACAAGAACAAGUACAACACGCCGAAGUACCGCCUCGUCGUGCGCUUCUCGAACAAAUACGUGACCUGCGCCGUGCACUCGUCCGAGCUCGUCGGCGACAAGUGCAUCGCGACCGCGACGUCCAAGGAGCUCGGGCGCUACGGCCUCAAGGUCGGCCUCAAGAACUUCGCCGCGGCCUACUGCACGGGCCUCCUCGUCGCGCGCCGCCUCCUCGCCAAGGUCGGUCUCGACGAGCUCUACGAGGGCAACACGGACCCCGAGGGCGAGGUCGUCAAGACGGAGGUCGGCAAGAAGGAGUACUACGUCGAGGAGCUCGACGACGACAAGCGCCCCUUCAAGUGCAUCCUCGACGUCGGCAUCCAGACGACGACGACGGGCAACCGCGUCUUCGGCGCGCUCAAGGGCGCGACGGACGGCGGCCUCGACAUCCCCCACAACUACAAGCGCUUCCCGGGCUACGACAAGGAGUCCAAGGAGUUCGACGCCGAGGCCAUGAAGGACCGCAUCUUCGGCGCCCACGUCUCCGAGUACAUGGAGAAGCUCAUGGACGAGGACAACGCCAAGUACCAGCAGCUCUUCGCCGACUACAUCAAGGAGGGCGUCGAGCCCGACGGCAUGGAGGACCUCUACACGAGCGUCCACGAGGCCAUCCGCGAGGACCCCUCCCCGGCGGAGAAGGAGGAGUUCGAGGUCGAGGACCGCGAGGCCUACAAGAAGACGCCCAAGCUCACCUACGAGGAGCGCAAGGCGCGCGUCGCGGCCAAGAAGGCCGAGAUGGAGGAGGACGACGAGGACGACGAGGACGAGGAGGAGGAGGAGGAGGCCGAGGAGGCGCCCAAGAAGGCGGACUACUAGGCCGCUUCCGUCGCUCUUCUCGCUCCGCCGCCGCCCCGCCGCUCCGGCGCGCGCGGGGGGGUCGAUGACCUUCGCGCGCGCCGGGGCUUCCGCGGUCCCGCUCCGGGCCCGCACUCCUAACAAACUCAAGCUC